AUGUCUCAGAGUUCUCCUUCAAAGAAAUCGUCUCCUCCUUCUGAAGCAGCUUUAGAAUCUAGGGCACCCAAUGUUGUGAGUGAUCAAGAUGUUGUGUUGAAUGUUGCGCCAUUGAACACUGUUCCUGCUACCAACCCUGGUAGAGAGGGCUCUACUUAUGUUCACAAUGCGAUCGUAGGUAUUGUCACAAGAAUCUUGAAUGAAGGGCACCAAGUUGAUGGAAUAUCUGUUCCACUAGCACAGAUUCCUGCCUCUGAGAACAACAAAGAUGAUCAAGAUGAUCAAGAUGAUGCUCACAAAGAUCAGGCUGAUGUUGAGACAUCUGUUGAUAACAAUGAUGAGACCCCUGGUGCCAAAGAUGUUGAGACAUCUGAAGCUAUCAAUGUUGAAACAUCUGGUACUAAAGAUGCUGAGAUUCCUGAACCUAAGAAAGCUGAAGAGGUUCCUGCUGCUCCUUCCAAAGAAACCCUAAAUGAAGAUCCUACUGUGCCUGAUGUGGUGAAUCUAGAUGAUUUGGAUGAUUCUAUUGACAUUGCUGAUGAUGAGCUCAUCUCUAGCAUCUCUCAUAGAGUCAAGACUCGUAAGGGCAAACAGGUUUGUGAUCAAGAUCUCUCGAAACCUCAGGUUACUCCUCAAAAGAAGGUCACUAUAAAGAAGAUCAAGAAGGUUCCUGAUGGACCUUCAACCACUGGGAGCAAGAGUUCUGUGAAGAAGAGGAAGGAAAGAAGUGUUUCUGUCCCUGAAGAUGAUGUCUUAAGUGAUGUCCCUGACAUCCCAUCGAAGAAGAAGAUUGCUGUCACAAAGUCCUCCACAAAGGUGCGUGAUGUUCCUUUGGACAACAUCUACUUGCACUAUGCCUCAAAUGCCAUCCAGUGGAAAUUUGUCUACCAAAGAAGGCUGGCUCUAGAAAGGGAAUUAGCAAAUGAUGCUCUGGAUUGUCAAGAGGUCAUGCAGCUCAUCAUGUCUGCAGGUUUGAUUAAGACUGUUUCUAAAUUUUCAAAGUGCUAUGAAAUGCUUGUGAAGGAAUUUAUUGUGAAUUUAUCUCAAGAUUGUGGUGAUGGAAGAACUGAUGAUUUUCAUAAGGUUUAUGUUCGAAGAAAGUGUAUAGACUUUUCUCCUGCUGUUAUUAACCUAUAUCUAGGAAGAAAUGCAGAGGCUCAACCUGAGCUAGAAGUAACUGACAAUGAAGUUUGCAGGGUUAUCACUGGUGGUAAGGUCAAGAAAUGGCCCAUAAAGAGUAAAUUGUCUGCUAGUCUUUUGCAUGGCAGGUAUGCUUUGCUGCACAAAAUUGGUGCUGCAAACUGGGUGCCUACCAAUCACACUUCUACCAUUGCUGUUGGCCUAGGAAAAUUCAUUUAUGCUGUUGGAACCAAGACAAAAUUUGACUAUGGAACCUAUAUAUUUGAUCAAACUAUGAAGCAUGCUGGUACCUCUGCUACCAAGCUCCCCAUUGCUUUCCCAUCCCUGAUAUGUGGGAUAAUCCUCAAGCAACACCCUGGAAUUCUGAAAAGUAAAGAUUCUGUAUGUAAAAGGGAGAGUGCUUUGUCUUUUCACUACAAGCUGCUUCAGAGGUCUGAUGACAAGACAUCUGCUGGGACAUCCCAACCCAGCAAGUCUGUGAACAAAGCCCUUCUUAUUGCUGAGCUGAAAGAGACUUGUCAAGAGUUGGACAACAGGAAGCUGAAACUUGAAAAGCUCAUCCAAAGUCUUGAGCAGUCUACAGAUGAUGACCUUGCUGGUGAGAGGGAUGGUGACAAUAUGGAUGAAGACAAAGGUGCUGAGAAAGAGGCUGAGGAAGAGGCUGAGGAUACUGAAGCUGAGGGUGCUGAAAGUGGGAGUAGUGAUGCUGCUAAAGAGACUAGUAGCUCAAGUGAUGACAAUCCUGGUGGCUCUAGUGAUGAAGACAGUGAUGGGUCUGAUGAUUAG